AUGUCGUCCGGUGUGGUCGAUGAUGACUCGUCGUACCUGGUCGGCGGCGAGUUCGACUCGUUCGACUCGUUCGACGACUCGUUCGAGCGCUUCUGUCUCGUCUGCGAAAGGCGCGUCGACGACUCGGCCGCGCGACGACCGCCGCCGCCGCCACCGACAGCAGCCGCACCCCACCCGACCAAGCCACGACAGCGGCCUUCGCCCCACGGAUCACGACAUCCUUCCAGCAAUUCGACCACAACGCUCAAGUCGGACAGGUUCAAGGCCUUGCCACCCGAAGCAGCCGCCGUCGUCGCCGUCGUCGCGGCCAAGCAUCAGCAGCAGCAUCAGCCGACCACGACAGGAGGCGCCACGAGAUCGCACCACCACCCGACCGCGCCAACGAUGAAGCGCAACAAGAGCGCAUCCAAGUUGCAUGGCCAUUCGAGGAACAAGAGCUACACCAGUCUGCACCCGCUCGCACCGAGCACCAAGAUUCACGCGCCCACUGCCCGGGACGCAACAGCAACAGCCACAACAGCAGCACCCCACCACGAGCCCGUUCUGCCCGCCGCCGCGACAACGAGCCACGCUCCGAGGCGGUCCUCAGCACAACAAUCAGUCGAUGACAGCGACGACGCCUACGAAGAGGUCUCAAAUGAUGGGGACGAAGUCGCCCCAUUGUCGGCACUGUAUUGUUCGGAGGAAUGCCGGCGCGUCGACGAACUCAGAGGACAGGCGACGACGACGCCUUCUCCACAACUCGUCGCUGUACUAUCAACCUUCAGCGAGCAGUCGCGUCGAUUCGGGUCAUCAUCCAGUCUAGCACAUUCAUCGACCCACUCGCCCACCACCCCCUUCUUCCCCACUUCGGCCAAAUCCCCCGUCAUUGACCCGAGGCGAGCGAGCAGCGAGGGCGUGCCUUCACCGUUCGAGCUCGACUUUAGUGCGGCACGGCGGAGAAACUCAAGAGGCGCCGAGACGGGCGGUUACAGCUAUCGACCGAGCCUGAUGCAACGCGUGCCGAGUAGUGAUGGCGAUCCGGCAGAGAGGUCGCAGUUCGCGGCCGGUGCGAGGAACAAGAGUUCGGCCAGCUUGUCCUCGAUGGAUUCGGAUAGGGGAGCACCGAUACCUCGUGAGUGUUACUUUACCAUCUCAGAUACUCGAACGUUGUUUCGUUCCUAAGUUGGUGAUAAUCCUUACAGAUCGCUCGAGCUCGGCCCUGUCGUCGCUUCGACUCACGCAGAUCUCGUCCUCGCCAACUCGUCCUCUGUAUCGGCCGUCGUUCAAACCACGGCACCACUCCGACGCACCGCAGUUACACUCUUCCGACGAGUUGCCCUCGUUCAACGGUGAGACUACCGACAAGCUUUCGGGUUAUGUCGCGGGAAUGCGCAUCUCAUCGGCACCCAAGUCGCGUCGAUCCCAAAGUGCUCUCACCGGUCAGCUCGGUCGCAGCGUUCCCACACGAUCUAGUCUACUUGCACCUCGCGAUGGGGCCGAUGUCGCCUUUCCGAGCUCGUCGAUCACGAUAUCGCAAGCGCCGAUGCGAUCCAACUCGUCCGCUUCACUCGCGUUGAUGAGCUCCUCCCUCGGGCAAAACUUUCGCGCGCCGCACGCCUUUUCGCAAAACUCGCGCAGCGCGUCGACGGCAAGUCUCUCGGAAUCGACCGCGACCGGUCUCAUCUUGGGCACCGCGGAGACGGUAUCGACCUCGACGAUAAUACCGACGACGAAGCGGAGAACAACAUCACGGCAUCGGCUGUCGAUUGGCAGUGGCGGAGCCGCUUCUCCACCACUUUCGUCGCCUUCGGCGUCAUCUAACGGGUUCUCAUCGACGGAGAGUCCGAACGGGCCCGCGUUGACGAGCUCGAGUUGCACCAGCUCGAAUGGAUCGGCUGGUUUAGGUGUUGCAGCAACGGGUGGACCGAUCAGAGGACGGACUAUGGCGAAUCUGAGCAUGACGCGCUCGUUGUCGUCGCUCAUGCAUGAAGCCGAUCAGGAUGGGUAUUUCCCUUCCGAAUCGGAUCAGACCCCGAUGCAAUCGUACCGGACACAAAGACCCAACUCGACGAAGGGGACGAGUCGAUCGAGAUCGAGGGCUCGAGUGUCGGUCGUUGAGAAUGGGGCGCCACCACCACCCAAGAUGAGCGCGGCGCCGAAUGUGACAACGCGCGGCCUGAUGCCCGCACCGACGUCGACGCCGCUGAGGAAGAACUUUUCGUGGCAGGACGUUGGCGUAGCAACCUAUGCUGCCUUGGACCUUUCAAAUCGUGAUGGACGGAGUGGGGAGGCUGGGAUACAAAAUGGGGAAGCGACGGUCCGCAAGCCGAAGCCGAAGUUGUUCCAUUUCCCCGACGAGUAG